CCAGCACUGGCGUUGUUGUACAUGGCUAAAACUUUUCACUUAAUAGUAUGGGGAACUACAGCUGCAGUGUGAAACGUUAUAGUAAAUGGAGAGAAACAAAAAUAAGUCUGAACCACGAAAUCCUCAUUAGACGAUUGUUGUGCCUCGAGGUCAAGAUCAGGGUUUACAAAAAUUUCUUUCCCCUUCAUGACGCCUGCGCCAAAGGCGACGUGGAACUCACGUGCCAACUUUUAUACCACGGAGCCGACCCCAACACCCCCAACUCCAAGGGGUUCCUACCCAUAGAGCUGCUCCCAUGCGACGAAAACCUCGACGAGGCACUCAACAUCCUUUUCCCUUAUUCGUUCGAGGACGGGUGUUCCGUCCCGCUCCGCACCAUGACGAAGUCCAUGCGAGACAAUUCCUCGCUUUUCCGUCGCGUGUUGUCGGUCGCCAAAGAGGUGACCUACGACGACGACGACCUCAACUACUUCCGUCGAGAGUUCAUCCAUAUCUUCAAAAAAAACUUCCUACUCUUCCUGGACAAGUUCGAGCACGUGGUGAGGGCUUCAAUCGACGAGAAAUUUCUUUGUUCGGGGAUUAUUCAGCCAGCUGGGUGCGAAAACGUCGACGAGUACGCUGAGGUUUUGGACGCGCUUUUUUCCAAAGGGUGUGCCGAUGAGCUGGCGAGUACCAAGCACCAUCUGGUUUCUGGGUCUGGAUGUGGGUGCGAUUGCGGGCUUUAUCAGGGGUACGAGCCCGAAACUACCGACAAUGUCAUCACUCAGUUCAUCGCAGUGUUCAGCUCGAAGUUCGACGAAGACGAAAUCACGAAAAGGGUCCUGGUGAUGGUGUCCUACGGGCUCAGAGUGACGCUCUACGACCUAAAUUUCGUCUAUUAUAAGUACGGGCACAACGAACUCUUCAGGAUUUUGCUACACGUGGAUGUGUAUGACAAUGUCAGUUCGAAAGAACUCUUGUCGGUGAUGGUUUUCCUACAUUAUAAACCCCGAUUGGACUUCCAGAACCAGGAAUUCCGGAGGUGUUUGAAGCUCCAUACUGGGUUCGCUCCGGUGGUGGCCCAAGGGGUUGACGCCCAGACCGUGGACUACCCAUCUGACGGAACCAUGGACGCGUGUCUCAACAUCGACUACGCCCUCUGCAACUUCCGCCAGUUCGCCGGGUCUUGUCUAAUAAGUACCACGAACUCUCUGGACACCCUCUUCGACUACUUCAACCACGACAACCUCAAAGAGAUGUGUUUGGGUUUAUGCAAACGAAAGGACUUCGUCGAGAAGGUCAAAAAAUUGCCCAGGGUUUCCUCGCUGGUGGAACUAAGCAGAAACGUCGCCAGGAGGUUCAUCAUGGACGAGUUUGGGGUGUCGAGCUUGAAGGAUUUUCUCACUGCCGUGAACAGGCUUCCGGUUGACAAGACGACGAAGAGUAUAUUGGUUUUGGAGAGGAAGAUAUAUUAGGGUGUUGAUACCUACUAUAUGUAUUUGUAAUGUGAAACUGUGCUCCAGACGUCGAGAACUUCACACACUGGCUGUUGUGGAGUUCUGGAAAGUACUAAAUCAGGUCUUUAUUGUAUGGCUUAAUUGUUGUCUGAAUAAUGUACCUAAAAUUUUGAAACUCAUCAAUUUUGUGGAGUUUGUGUAUUUUGUUAUAAGAUUUUGUAACA